AUGUUGCCACUGUCCAUCUCUGCGGCAGUCUUGGUCGCCCUCAGUGCUACUGCAUCUGUAGCUGUUGCCUCCGACGCAACUUCUUCGUCUCUGUUACAGCAUCGCCAUUCCUUCUUCUCUACCCUUCCAGUCGAACCCUCCGAUGAAAACCUCAAGGUCUCGCGUCAUCAGGUCAAGGUCAUUGGGCUUACUGGCUUUAGAGAGUGGGAGGUUAAGGGCUCACUCCACGGUCUCUUUCAUGUUGUCGGAAAGACUGCUCCGGGAGAUAGCCACGGAAAUGAUAACGGAAAGGUGCAUGUGCAGUGGUUCGACAACAAGGCACCCCUCCUCCGCCCACCAUUCACGCCUACCUACAUUCCUGGCUUCCACCUUGCCAUCACCAGUGACAACUUUGAAAAGACAUGGAAGGAAAACUGCCAUAUUGUAGCUGAUUUAAUCGGAUCGGUCGAUUGUCGGGAGAUCGAAGCAGAUGCAACAACGCCUUUGGAAAGACACCCCAACACCCUUCGCGCAGAGGAUCUGACCGCCAUCCACAAACAUCGCUACUUGCACAAGACAGCCGACCCAGCAGGAUUCUUGUCAUCGUCCUCAGUCGUCUCGUCACUCAUCUCUCAACAGCAGGCAGGAUCUACCUCAGGACCUGCUCUUAUCGAUCUUGUCCUUCACAAGGGUAAAGUCUCCCUCAAAGUCAUCUGGACUGCAGGGUCUGGCAACAACAAUAACAAGGAUGGAGAAAAGUCGCAAAGCACGGUCGAGAUCUUGUUCAACGAAAAGACGGACAAGGUGGUUGAGGUUGGAUGGUUCUAUCGCGAGAUCACCGAACAGGAGUAUUCCGUCUACGACCACUACCUAGGCGCGACUGUCCAGUUGGAUAGCGAGGGCGAGACAAUCAACGAGGCACUGAUCCAGACCCGGUCACCCGUUUUCCCACCCCACCGACGCGACUUUUCGACCGGCAACAUUCGCGCCUAUGGACACGGCUACAACUCGACCAUGACCCCAUCACAAUCCUUCCAUCCUCAUUCUGUCACCACUAUCCAAUCCAACCCUAACAUUCAGGAGACGACUGCAGGAUGUGAUCUACAUGUUCUUCAAGUCUUGCCUGCUGGAUACUUUGUGGACCCCUUCCAGCUGGAGGGGCUGGCACCCGAGAUUGGCGAGUCGACAGUGUAUGGCGAAACGGAUCUGGAGAAGCCUGUGGGCGUUGUUACGGGAUGGGGCAGUCUCGUCAUGGUCAAGGCUCAACCAGAGGAUUCUAUCAAGACCUCCAAGUGGACACCCUCCAACAUCACCAACAUCGACACCAAGGGCAUUAAGACGGAUUCAGUCUCGUACACCUCGGUCGUUGAUAUCCCUAUGCAUAUGCGAUACCAGCCACCAGUCGAGGAGGGCAACCCAGCAACCCAUGUUAAGGUAGAGGCACCCUGGCCCAUUGUCGCCUGGGUCUGCCCCACAGCUACCCAUGGAGGAGACGAAUCGGCGGCUUUGAACGUGGCUGCCAAGAAGCUGUUCUACAUCCCAGCCUUGCCUCUCAGCCUUUUGUUCCCACGGGACGAAAAGACGGACAGGGAAACAGUUGAUUUCCGGUUUGUUUUGCCGGACCCUAUCCCCAAACAGUUCCCCGUCGCAAAAAUGUCUGUCCCUGUAGGUCGAUUGGACGACAUGAACCUUGUCCGGACCGCGACGUUUGUGAUGGCGGGCGCAGGGACCUUGGCGGUGGCUUUAGCCCUUGUCCGGACUGUCGCCGGACGAACCUCCGGAAAGGGCAAGCAGGAUUAA